GGUGCCUGGCGCGGCCCGCCCGGCUGCGAGGCCUCGGCCCCGCCUGGCCGUGGAGACCGGUGCUGCGGGGACUCAGACGGCAGAUGCCAUGGCACCGAGAAGAAAAGAGAAAUACAAGCUUCCGGUUCCACUUCCAGAAGGCAAAAUUCUGGAUGAUGUGGAAGGAAACCAGUGGGCACUGGGCAAGAUGAUCGGCUCCGGAGGGUUUGGGCUGAUAUACUUAGCUUUCCCCACAAAUAAACCAGAGGAAGAUGCAAGACAUGUCAUAAAAGUGGAAUAUCAGGAAAAUGGCCCAUUAUUUUCAGAGCUUAAAUUUUAUCAGAGAGCUGCAAAAAGAGAAUGUAUCCAAAAGUGGGUAAAACAGAGGAAACUUGAUUAUUUAGGAGUUCCUGUAUUUUAUGGAUUUGGUCUGACUGAUUUCAAAGGAAGAAGUUACAGAUUCAUGGUAAUGGAAAGACUGGGGACCGAUUUACAGAAGCUCUUGAACCAGAACAGUGCUUUUAAAAAAUUAACUGUCCUGCAACUUGGAAUCAGGAUGCUCGAUGUACUGGAAUAUAUACAUGAAAAUGAAUAUGUUCAUGGCGAUAUAAAAGCAGCAAAUCUACUGCUGGGUUAUACAAAUCCAGACCGGGUUUAUCUUGCAGACUACGGACUUUCCUACAGAUAUUGUCCCAACGGGAACCACAAACAGUAUCACGAAGAUCCCCGAAAGGGCCAUAACGGGACACUAGAAUUUACAAGUUUGGAUGCACACAAAGGAGUCGCCCCUUCCAGGAGGAGCGAUGUUGAGAUCCUUGGUUACUGCAUGCUGCGCUGGCUCUGCGGGAAGCUGCCUUGGGAAACAAACCUAGAGAACCCCGUGGCUGUCCAGACCGCUAAAACCAAACUGCUGGAUGAACUCCCGGAGUCGGUGCUUAAGUGGACUACGUCUGGAAGCAGUUGCCGUGAACUUGCCGAGUUCUUCAUGUAUGUUCAUAAUUUAGCUUACGAUGCCAAGCCAGACUAUCAGAAGCUCAAGAAAAUUCUGAAUCCAGAUGGAGUACCUUUAGGGCCACUGGACUUUUCCACUAAAGCACAGGGCGUCAAUAUGCAGACUCCAAUCCACCGAAAAGUUGAUUCACCAAAGGCUAUAAAGAAACCAGCCAAUGAAUUCCCAACUAAGUACACAAGGAAAGUCUGUGGAGAGACAAGAGCAACGUGGAGAGAGGAACAGGAAGAGCGCCGGCCCGCAGUGCUGCUGAGCGAUGUGGCAACACCAGAAAACUCCAGAACAAGGAAAGUACGUGAGUAUUCUGAUACUUUCAGUGAAAUGCAGACUUUCCGACAGACACAGAGCUAUCCACGUUUCCAAGGCUCACGCUGUAAGCCCUAUCUGGACUGCACCAGGAGAGAUCCCAUCAGGAAGCCAAGACCCCUGCCCCAGUACGGAUCCCAGCCCACGAGCAAUCUGGGCGUCACCGACUUGGAAAGCUCUCCAAGAUUCUGGCCUGCGGUUCUUCAGCUGACUCUGAGUGACGAGGCGAAGGCCGACGUGUACUACUAUGGACUCACUAUACUCUGCCUGCUCACAUUAGUAUGUCUUGCUUUGUGUUUUCUCUGAAGUCACUGAAUAAACUGGCUUUUGCUUUUGUUUUUAUCUUUAAACAGUUUUAAGCAUUCCGUCUCUUCACAGGUGGGUUCCAUUCAGGGUUUUCUCCCAGACAUUUUCAAGGUAAUUGGCUUUAAAGGAGAAAGAAAUAUAUUUUAUCAAAAUUUUGGGCACAUUCUUAAGAAUUAAAAUAGUAUUUUAACUUACUA